AUGGCAGAAAACCUUAUUUAUCGGCAGUACUUUUACAACUACCACCAAACAAUGGAUCUUUCCUCGGCAGCCAGUUCUGAGUUCAUUCCAUCGACGUUGAACUACAUUCCUCCAUAUGAUACAACGCAGUGUGGCAGCGAUUCCGAAUGGAUGACGGCCAGCCCUGGAAGCUACAGCUCUUCCAGCCCGGUAUACUAUCCGAUUAGCCAGGAAGAGUUUACCAAUCAAACAAUCGUCGAACCAGUCAAAUCGUCCACCACCAGUCGUCCACUGUCCAAUUCGGCAAAGAUUCUGAGUCAGAUCGAGCAGCAAUACGAAGAUAGCAGUGCAUCGGAUAGUGAUCUGCUGAACAAUAGUGAAAUUCCGACCAAGAUCAAAAUCAAACGAGGUACGGCAGUUCCUACGGUGAUCAAACGAAAGCGCCGAUUGGCAGCCAACGCACGUGAGCGGAAACGGAUGAGGGGCCUGAAUGAGGCUUUCGAUAGACUGCGGGAACAUUUGCCUUCACUGGGCAAUGAUCGGCAGUUCUCCAAGCACGAGACUCUACAGAUGGCACAAAACUACAUCACGGCGCUAUGCGAACUUCUGGUGUAG